AGACCUGACCCUCAUUACAACCUUUUCAGUGUCUGAGUCAGUUCAUCAUGUUUGUGCAGAUCGCUCUCUUACUUCUCUCUGUGGCUGCAUUGACAAAAGCAGCUGCUGGUAAAGACCCUGUUAAUAAAGUGGAGCCUGCUUGCGAGAAGUAUGAGACUAGGGGAUGCACACGUGAUUAUACACCUGUGUGCGGGGCUGAUGGGAAGACCUAUUCAAAUGAGUGCAUGCUCUGUUGGCUGGUCAACACUUACAUAGUGAAACAUGGGCCAUGUUGAAACACCACCACUUCAGCUGUGUUAAAAUGGUCAGCAUAUGUGCAAGCUGGACAUAUAAUGUGUGAAAAUAUGCAAUUAAAAAAAAAAAAAAAAUGUUUGGGUUUUAAUUCUAUAAUAAAGAAAUGAAGAUUCCUGCUGCAGUAAAUAAAAGUUUGUGUUGACUGUUAAUAAUGAGCUACUGACCCUACCGCUUCUUCAUGUACAACUAUGUACAGUAUGUUCGGUACACAAGUGAAAUAACAUUUCUCUCUGCAUGAGUCUAAAUAUGACAAAAAAAGAUUAAUUUGCCCUUAAUAUGCCUGUGACAGGUGGAUCUAGAGUCGUUAUUUAAAAAAUGAGGCUUUAUUCAACACAUAGUCUAAAUAAUCUAGUGUGCAUUAUAGCCGUA